CCUCCCUCUAAUCUCUCUCUCUCUCUUUUUGGACUUUGACACUUUGCUGCAGCGACAGUCAGGAGAGUUCAAACACCGACAGAUCUCCAGGAUGUUUCAUGUGAGGCCAAACUCUCACUUUGUUGCAUUCACUGUGGUCUUCCUCGCCGUGAUGCACUCAUGCAGAGGUCGGCAUCUGGUGAUUGGUCCGCCUGAACCAGUAGUUGCACUAGUUGGUGAGGACGUCAUUCUGCCGUGCCACCUGAAUCCUGCCAUGAAUGCUUUUGAGAUGACCGUGGAGUGGGCGAGACCUGACCUGAACCCCAGAUUUGUCUUUGUGUGGCGUGACGGUGUGGAACUGAAGAGUAAAAACCAUCAUUUGUACGAAGGAAGAACGUCACUGUUCACUGAUGAACUGAAGAAUGGAAACAUUUCAAUGAUUCUUUCCAAAGUGAGACUGUCUGAUGAGGGAGAGUACAAAUGCUUCGUUCCAGAUGUGGGGGAGUCUAAAGUUCAGCUUGUUGUCGGUGCUGUCUCCUCACCUGCUGUGACCAUAAACAGCAGUGAACUGGUGUUACAGUGUGAGUCUAAAGGCUGGUAUCCAGAGCCUGAGGUGUUCUGGCUGGACGCUGAGGGAAACCUCCUCUCUGCUGGACCUACAGAGACAGUCAGAGGUCCUGAUGACCUCUAUACUGUCAGCAGAAGAUUGACUGUGGAGAAGAGCGACACGUUCACCUGUAGAGUCCAACAGAAGAACAUCAAGCAGACCAGAGAGACACACUUCUAUGUUCCAGAUGGUUUCUUCGUGGUUCCCAGCACUUCUAGUCAGCAUGUUGUUAUUGGCUCAGUUAUCGGCUGUGCUGCUUUGAUGGUUGUUCUUGCUGCUGUCUUUGUUUUGUGGAAACGGAACCAAAGAAAAUCCAAAAACAAGAUGAUGAGCCCAGAGGAUGGAGCUGAACAGACCGAGAAACACAAGACGAUCACAUCUAAAAGUGAAAACACAGAAGUCCAGAUCGAGAUGGAAGAAGAAGGAGAAAGUGUCCCACUAAUGGCAGCAAGAGAAGAAAAGAAUAAUGAAGAUAAUAGAGGAGAGCAGAUCAAAUCUCAAAGUGAACAUAAAGAUGCUGAGUUUGUGAUGGAAAGAGAGACACAGCAAGAUCAGCUCAGGACAAAACCAGAACCAGUUACCUGUAUCCAGGACAUGGACGUCACAGGAGGAGAGAAAACAAUGACACCUAUGAACGAUGAAGAGGUAACUGUGAUUCCAGCACAAGAAACACAAAGACACCAAAACCAGGACAGCUUGUUAGGAAGACAAGUAAAAAAUGAUUGGGACAAGUCCGAAGCAGAAAAGAUGAUUAAACCAGUUAAAGAAGUUUCAGGACUUCCAGUCGUACUGGUUCACACUGAUCAGGAGGUUCAGAAAGAAGAAGAGACACAGCAAGUGCAGCCCAUGGAAGAAAGACAGCCAGAGAAUGAUGUGGCCAAGACAGAGGCAAAAACAAAGAAAGGGAAAGAACAGGAACGAGCUGAACAAAGAGGUUCUGGACGGAAGCAGAAGCAACGGGAGAAAGAAGAGAAAGAAAGAAAGAAGAAGCGUGAGUUAGAGUUCGAGAGAAGAAGAGAGAGAGUAAAAGAUGAGACAGAGGUCAAACCACAACAGAGAGAUGGUGACAGACAUCUUUUAGAAGACAAAACACAGGAGGAGAGUAAGACAGAACAUGAGGAUGAUAAAGGAAACGAUCGGGAAGGAAACCAAAGUGAAUUCAUGAGAAAGACAGAAAGAACAGCAGAGAACCAAAAUGGACAAAUUAAUCAGAACUUGAAGGACACAAAGGAAGAAAGGGAGUUUGAGUCAGAAGGGAAAGAAAAAAUGAACAGCAAUACAGAGAAUAUAGAGCUCAAAACACAGAAAGGAAAUAAUAACCAACAUGUUAUAGACUCUGAAAAACAGGGAGCAGAACUUGAAGAUAAGAAACAAGAAAUGACUGGAAUGACAGAAGGAAAAUUAGUGAACCAAAAGGAACAAAUAGAAGACAAACUGGAGCAAACAGAGGAAAAGAAGGAUGAGAGAAAGACUGAGCCUCCACCAGUCAGUAGAGAAGUUACAGAGAGGCCAAACCUGAAAAUACAUCAAGAAACAGCAGAGAGGAAACACAAAGAGGUCCAAGAAGAGAAUGAACUCCAGGCAGAGAAACAGGAAGAAACCAAAGAGCAGCCAGAAAGAUCCACCGAGGUAGCAAAUGUAGAAUUUAAAGAAAGACGGAGUGACAAAGGAGGAGAUGAUGAUGAAACUCAAAAGACGUCCAAGGAGACAGAAAAACAAGAGCUGCAGCCAACAAAGGAAGAAAUCAGAGAGCAGACACAGAAUCUACAGUUUGUGAACGAACAAAAUCGUGAACGUGAACGAACAGAACAACUCCAUGUAGUUCAGCAACAGGCAGCUAGAAGGAAGAGAGAUCAGAGAAAGAACAGAGAGCCACGGAAGGAAAUAAAGAAAAACUAUCAGAAUAAACCUCAAAUACAGGAUUUGAAUUCACAAGAGGAGGAGGACCCCGAUCUUUAGGGAACAGCUGACAUUAGUAAAGUCAAAGAAGAAGAAGGAGCUCCUGACAGACAGUGAAUGACUGAACUCUGUGCAGUGAAUUUAUCUUUAUUCAACAAAGACUUUUGUAGGAAACAUUCAAGUUUAAUUUGACAUUUCUACUGGAAGUUUUCUGGACUUAUAAUAUUCAUAAACAUCUUUUCAUCAGUUUAUGAUGAACUGCCUCAAAGGA